UCGGUGCCUGCAGUCUUGCCAGACGACUCGAUGCCCGCUGUUCCUCCAGAUGACUUGGUGCCCGCUGUCUUGCCAGUUGACUCUGAGUCCGCUGUCGGGCCGGUUGACUCGGAGCCCGCUGUUGUGCCUGGUGACUCGGGGCCCGCGGUCUUGCCUGAUGACUCGAUGCCCGCUGUCGAGCCAUACGAUCCAAUGCCUGAUGACCCAGUGCCCACUGUCAUACCUGGUGACCCGAUGCCCGCUGUCGUGCCAGUUGACUCAGAGCCAGCUGUCAUGCCUGAUGACUCGGUGCCCGCUGUCGAGCCAGAUGACCUGAUGCCUGGUGACCCGAUGGCCGCUGUCGUGCCUGGUGACCCGAUGGCCGCUGUCGUGCCUGGUGACCCGAUGGCCACUGUUGAGCCAGACGACCUGGUGCCC